UCAAGUACAUGCAGACCGAGCGGCGGGGUCAAUGGCAAUGAUUUUUCUUUUGUGAUGACCCCGACCAGAUAACUCGUUUUGUGGGGCUUGGACACUUCGUUAACAGGCGUUUAAGCUGUUACAAUAAAACCAUCCGUGAGAUAAGAUUUCAGUGGGUGGUGCUCUAAUGUAUCUAUUUUGUUGAAAUUUAACUGUGGGUACUUUCCAGAUGCGUAUGUACCUAAUCGUUUUGCGAUAAUACUUGUUGUUGAACGCAGUAUUGUGAGUCUGCCAGUGUCUCAAUAGCAUCAUGAAUAAUCAUACAUCUAAUUUCCUAGUCUUAGUGUUUAUGGUCUGUAUUCUGGGGAAUGUGUUGGGGUUGGACAAUGGUCUGGGGUUAACGCCACCCAUGGGUUGGAUGCACUGGCAAAGGUUUAGGUGUGUGAUUGAUUGCGAGAAUUAUCCAGAUGAGUGUAUAAGUGAAACACUGUUCAGAUCUAUGGCUGAUCGUAUGGUAGAAGACGGAUAUUUGGACGCUGGAUACGAAUAUGUAAUGAUAGAUGACUGUUGGGCAUCCAAGAAAAGAAAUGGCAAUGGGCGGCUAGAGGCAGACCCACAGAGAUUUCCAAGUGGAAUCAAGAACUUGUCAGACUAUAUUCAUGGAAAAGGCUUGAAAUUCGGCAUAUACGGCGACUACGGUACUUACACGUGUGCAGGUUACCCUGGUAGCAAAGACCAUCUACAAAUUGAUGCCGAUACAUUUGCAGAAUGGGGCGUGGACUAUUUGAAAUUAGAUGGAUGCCAUAUUGAUUACAGGAAUAUUGAAAUAGGUAAAACAAUAUAGAGAAGGAGAAAAGCAUUUUGAAAGAGUUUGAGAGACCAAACCAUAAGAAAUACCGUGUAUAACUUUGAGGUAUCGAUUUUAGAAGUGUCUUCAUUCAAAGCACCCAUCUUUUGAUACAUUGAGAUGCAAAAGUAUUUGAACAAAACCGGACGUCCGAUUAUGUUUUCUUGCAGUUGGCCAGACUAUCAAGAAGAACAGGGAGUGAAGGCCAACUACUCUGCUCUGCAAGAAACAUGCAACCUCUGGAGAAAUUGGAAAGACAUUGAAGAUGAAUGGGCUAGUGUCACAGGCAUCGUGGAUUGGUUUGCAGAAAACCAAGACCGUUUAGCACCUUUUGCUGGUCCAGGACAUUGGAAUGAUCCAGAUAUGUUGAUAAUUGGAGACUACGGACUUAGCUACGAACAAAGCAAGGCUCAAAUGGCGAUAUGGGCUAUCAUGGCAGCUCCUCUCAUAAUGUCUGUGGAUCUCAGGACUAUCGAGCCAAAGUUUAGGGACAUACUUUUGAAUAAAGAUGUUAUUGCUGUCAACCAGGAUCGGUUGGGGAUACAGGGAAGAUUUGUUAUUAGGAAAGAGAGAAUCGACAUAUGGACUAAGCCAGUGCUACCCAAGGAAGAAAAUACUAAUUCCUAUGCGAUAGCUCUUAUGAGUCGAAGAGUUGAUGGAUAUUCUUAUAGAUUAAACUUCACAUUGUCUCAACUGGGGAUUAAGAGUCCAGAUGGAUUCAUACUAAAGGAUCUGUACCAUCCGAAUAUCCCUCUUAAGGAAAUUGACGAUGAAGAGCAUAUCGUCGUCAGGAUAAAACCAUCAGGGGGAGAAAUACUAUUGGCCACAGCAAAGCCCAGCAGUGCAUCAGUAACAGUUGAAGGCGUAUGAGAACAUGAUAUUUGCCAAAAGCUAAGAAAAAUUAUUGCAACUCUUCUGAUGCAUUCUCUCAGAUGUUUUAACAUGAAGCACCUUUAUCAUGUAAAUUGUGUACAAAUAUAGCAUUGUCCUUAAUAUAUUCGUUUUGCUAUUU